GGGACUGGGAAGAUCAAAGGUCUCAGCACCCAGCGGAGCCGGGGACACUGAGGGCGCCAAGAAAGGGGUGGGUAGGUAAGGGACUGGAAGGGCGGCCGCUCCGCAGGGGAUGCGCGUCAGAGACCCCAGCCACACUCCAGACCCGCCUCUUGAGGAGCCCCGCCCCGCCCCGCCUGGUUUUCGCUUCUAAAGCGCCCAGAGCGCGCCUCCCGCUGCCGCACUUUCACUCUCGGUCCACCUCGGUGUCCUCUUGCUGUCCAGCUCUGCAGCCUCCGGCGAGCCCUCCCGCCCACGCCAUGGACGCCAAGGUUGUCGCCGUGCUGGCCCUGGUGCUGGCCGCGCUCUGCAUCAGUGACGGUAAGCCAGUCAGCCUGAGCUACAGAUGCCCCUGCCGGUUCUUCGAGAGCCAUGUCGCCAGAGCCAACGUCAAGCAUCUGAAAAUCCUCAACACUCCAAACUGUGCCCUUCAGAUUGUUGCAAGGCUGAAGAACAACAACAGACAAGUGUGCAUUGACCCGAAAUUAAAGUGGAUCCAAGAGUACCUGGAGAAAGCUUUAAACAAGAGGCUCAAGAUGUGAGAGGUGUGAGUCAGACGCCUGAGGAACUUACAGAAGGAGCCUAGGUCUGAAGUCAGUGUUAGUGAAGGGCCCAGAGCCACUUCCUCUGCUCCCGAGCAGGGCUGAAGCAGUUUCCAAGGGACUUGCUUUGCACAGUUUUGCUGUACUUUCACCAUUUUAUUAUGUAGCAAGAUACAUGGUGAUUAUUUUCAUUUAGUCUGAUUUUCAACGUCAUUGGUGACAGGCCAAGGCCAGUAUGUUAUUUCCUUUGUUCUCGUAUCUUUCCCAUGGAGGACCUUCUCUGAAUAGUGCCCCCCCCCCCCAGGUUUGUCUCUUUGAGUUGAGGCAGGAGGCUCAACCUUUUUCUGAAUAGGAACUGGGUGUCCCUACCCCUAAAGACUGUAGGGCUUCCCCAAGCUGAGGCAGGAGUGUGAGGCCAGGGAAGAGUGAGAUCCACCCUCAUUUCAUGCUGUCCUCAUCCCACCAUGCUCAUCACUCUGUCUCAUCCAUCCAUCGCCAUGUGUCUGCAAGACUGUCUCCAUGACCCUGAAAAAGGACUCUCUCAAGAUGAAAUCCUUUAUUCAAAUGGGACAGCGAGAAGGAAAAGGAAAUGUCUGGUGUUCCCUUCCCCCCCACCCCAAACCCUGCGCGAGUUUAUGUCUUGUUUGGAAUAUUGUCUCUUCAACCCCCUGCUUGUGUUCUCAUCCAUGACCAAUGUCUUGUCCGUGCACUGUCUCUAACCCAAAUGCAAAGGCUGAGUAUGAGGUGAUGGCCCUGAGGUCCAGGUUGUGGUCAUGAAAACAGCCCUGCUAUCUCCCUGCUCACAGGCUCAUUUGGACACACAAAGACCAAAGGAAGGUGGUUCGCAACAGCACUUAGCUCUUAGAACUGUAGACCCUUCAUAUUUCCAUAAUUGUUAGCUUAAGACUAUGGGGUUUUCGCUUUCUGGAACCAAAUGCAUUCUUCUAUUGAGGAGUGACAGCUCUCAAUUGUUUUCAAUUAUGUUUAAAACUCAAUCAGCUUUGGGCCCUGAUGGGCAGGCAUUUCUCUGGGAAGGGGAUAAACUGUAUCUACUUUUCCUUAGGAAAGCUGAAGGGUGGGACUGGUGCCGCUCUUUGAAGCGUGGCCCCGGAAGUGUUUCGUCCUCUGCAGUUUUUAUGCAAUCUCAUUGCCACUUAGACAAAAGCAGAGUUAUGAGCCAGUCUCUGGUUCCUCAAAGACGGAGGGAGUUAAGAACGGGCGGCCAGCAGGCUGGACACCCGAGGAAGUAAGCUGCAGAAAGAUAAUCUUCAAAAACAGGUGUUUGGAAGUGAAUAAUCUGUGGAAUUAUUAGUGAUGUGUGUGUGGUGGGGGAUUUCUAUAAAUAGUUCUUUGAGUUCACAGCAGAUACAAAAUCUAACCAGCAAGAUUUUGAUCAAAUUUGAUCAAAAAAAAAAGUUAAGCCAGUUGGGAUGCGGUGCAUAGGCUAGUUGCAGAGCUGGAUCCUCACUCAGAUACCAAAUUAUUUUUAAACCCUCUUGACUAGAUCAUUCGGAGGCCCCUGGAAUAGAAACCACACAACCGGAUUGCUGUGGAACAGCCACUUUGCAUCUAAUUCAAGCUUUGAUGAGUGUUGCUGGGAAGGAAACAAGGACAGCCUUCCAUCUUCAUAUCAGUUAGGGAUCCUUUCAAAGUCUCCUUCACAGGGAGGAACAAGAGAAGGGUAGAAAUCUUAGGGAGCUGCAUUUGUGUAUCAAUUCCUCUGUCAGUUUCUAGAUGGAGACAGCCUGCCUAAAGCAAAUGUGCAUUUAAAUAGGACAUUUACAUCGGAAAAGUCUCUCCCCACCUUAAUCCCCCAUUGUCUUGCUUUCAAAACACAAGCACAGCAGCCCUUGAAUGGUUGUUGACCUGGGACACCUAGCUGUCCCGGCUGGUCCUGGGGCUGUCUGCUUGCCCUUGGGCGCCAAGUAACCUGCCAGGCAGCCAGUCCCUCUGUUACCGGCCUUUGCAUCUGGAUAGGGAGAGGGGGUUGGAGACGUAGAGUCUGCUUUGUGUUGAAACCCAGAUUUGUACCCUGUGUUUAUACACUGUGCAGCUGGCUCCCGAGGACAGUGGGACCUUAGCAAGGAAGUGCCGCCAAGGCGGAAGAGCCCUCUGAUUCAUUGCCUGGUCGGCUUUGAGAGAGGGUUUGGAGAGCAAAAGGCUGCAUUCCUCUGUGGGAAUUGGCCUGAGGUCUUAAGGCCUCUUCAGUGGGUUCUGUUUAUCUUCUCAUGGGUGAUUAUCUCAGCAGUGUCACAGGGGCAUC